AUCCCCCCGCCCUCCUCUCUCUCUCUCUCUCUCUCAGGCACACCUACCACACCCACCGAAAGCUUCAGGACUUGGAAUCAAUGGAGCUCACACUGCAACAGCUCAAACAAUACGACGGCACGGACCCAUCAAAGCCCCUAUACGUGGCCGUCAAAGGACGCAUCUUUGACGUUACUGAAGGCAUGUCCUUCUACGGGCCCGGUAAGGACUACUCAAUGUUCGCUGGCAAAGAUGCCAGCAGAGCUUUGGCCAAGAUGAGCAAGAACGAAGAAGAUGUUUGUGCCAGUCUCGAGGGACUAUCGGAGAAAGAGAUCGGCGUGCUUAACGACUGGGAGAAGAAGUUUGAAGCUAAGUACCCUGUUGUCGGAAAUGUUGUCUCCUGAAUAAAUCAAUGAUGUAUAUUGAGUAUGUAUGGUUGAAAUGUUGUUAUAAUGCCCUUUUUGGGUUUGUUUUGGAUCUGGGUUUGUUAUGGCAUCUUGUGUCCAAUAAUGAAUGAUUGGUGUUGCUUGUUUUUGGCUAAUGGUGUAAGGGAUUGCCUACUUGCAUAAAUAAAUGGAGGUUGUGUUAAGUUUCAGAUUUAUUAUUCUUAUAUUGAAAGCCGGGGUUAUUUAUCUGGAGUUUGGGACUUCUGAUCUGUGCG